CAAAACCCCAUAAUAAAUUCUACAUAAGCUAAUUUCCUUACCCAGACCGAGAAAAUGAGCUCCAAAUCCCUCUUCGACAGCGUGUAAAUCCUCACCCAUCCCCAAUAUCUUGAUUCAGCUCAGCAUUCGCUCACCAACAUCCUCUCACAGCGUGAACCCACAAGGCCUCCUCGCGGCCGCCGUCGGUCCAGUCUUCCUAGCCGCCAUCCCGGUAACGAACUACAUCACAGCGCCCAACGGCACUAUGCAAAAAGCCAUCGAGACCCUCCUCUCUAUCAUCCCUAGUAGCGAUUCCAUUCCUAAAGACAGAGUCAUUCCCGCUUUGUCUGCAUUCUAUAUUUUCUGGACGUUUGCUGCAACGGGUGCUGCGUCUGCUGGCGGCUUAGGAGCAUCGAGAAAGGAGGGGUUAGACAAUAAUCGUGAGAGCGCCCCGAAAACGAACCUCGGAUAAUGCUUCAAAUCCAGGAUUU